UUUAUCGAAUAUUUAUCAGUGGCCUUGUCUAUAUAAGACUGUGUAUCGGUCGGUGUAUGUUGGUUGUACGAUUAUUACUAUUAUUGUAAUUAAUUUUUUCUGCAAUUUUUUACGUUCGGGUGUCGUCGUCUUCACCCUUUUUUUCUACGCGCUCGCACGGCCAUGCGCUCGGCCUAUAUCGUUCACGGUGCGACAACGAUGUUACGUUAGGGCGGGCUAAAGCGGAAGCGUUGGAAGUGUCUGACCCUCUUCUAAAGUCGGUCAUGUCCGUGGCUUAGGCGGUAGACGACAUGAACUGCCACCAGAUACUGAGCGGUGCCUGUAACGCUGGCGACCGGUGUUUCGCCGUCGGCAGCGUGGAAGGCGUACCGUUCACUGCUUAUGCUGCCGGAUGUAACAUUGUGAUACUGGCAAGCACAUUCGAACGGGUGCAAAUCAUUCCUGGUGCGAUACACAACUACAUCCGGAUCAGUUGUUUGGACUGUUCAACGGACACGGGUAAGAUAGCGGCUGCCUAUGACAAUCAGAUUUGUGUCUUUGAGCCAACUCCGCUAGUUUGCAAAAAUUCACCCCAUCAAUUGGAUUAUAAAUGGGUGGAGACUGCUAGCUGGCGAACUGCUUGUCGUAUAAGCUGUUUGUCAUGGAAUUUAGAAGGUACCAGGUUGCUUACAGGAGGUACAGUUUUACAACUAUGGCAUCAACAAUUACCAGAUGAGCCCUUAGAAGAAAAUACUGGAAUGACAAGUGAUGGAGUAACAUUUGAGAUUGGUGAAGAAGCAAUACCAAUGUCAACAACAACGUCCUGUAACUGUGAAGUCCGUGGAUGGGAAUGUGUUUGGCAAAAAGAAACUGCAACUCCUGUAGUACACAUUGCAUUUUCACCAGAUGGAACAUUAUUUGCUACUGCUGGAAAAGAUGACAGAUUGGUCAAAAUUUGGUUUGAAAAUAAACAAUUACUUUUUCCAUCCAAAAGCGUCGAUCAGAAUUACUCAAUGAGUGCUAUUUCUAAUUUUGGUGAACCAAAUUACGGUUUUGUAUACAUAGCUCAUCCUCGAGCUGUAACACAAUUAUCAUGGAGAAAAACCAGCAAAUACAUGCCAAAGGGAUCUGUUUCAAAUAUGCUAGUAACAUCAUGUCGAGAUAAUAUUUGCCGAUUAUGGUCAGAAACUGUUUUACCAGAUGAUGGUUUAGUAAAUAUGAGCCAUUUUGAUCCAUUAGCUGCUCAUAAUCCACGAUUUCGAACACAUAGACAUAAGCAUAGACUUCUUCAACGACUUAAACAUAUGAAAGCUUGUUUUCAUAUACGAAGACAUGCUAAACAUCAAGGAGAUCUGGGAACUGGUAUAGCUGGAAGUACAAGUUCUACAAUACCAACAUUACCAUCUACAUUCAGUGUUCACGAUUUUCAUAGUUACGGUUUUCAUGGUACUGGUAUUAUUCCUGGACUUCAUUUUCAUUUAGCUGCAAGCAUUAAUGCUGAAACUGACAUUCCAUUAGUGCCUAGUUUAUCAAGCACUGACCCUGAAAGAGAACCAAAUUUUGUUCUCCAUUGGCUCAAUAAUAAAGAAAUGCAUUUUUCACUCCAGGCAGAAGCAAUACUAAAUGAAUUAACCAAAAAAGUAGUUGAAAAAGAUGAUAUGCUUAUAAAUGAACAAUUUAUAAUAUCAGAACAUCAUGAUGUCGAGUAUAAUGAUCCUAGACGAAAACAAAAUAAGCUUGGUAAAAGUACAUCACAAGAUGAAAGUGUCAGUGAUGAACAUAGUUGUCCAUCAACUCAUCCUACAUUGAGCAAUACAACAUCUGUAAAUUCAUUUACUACUGAUACAAAUCAUAUAACCACUGAUUCUCUUGAUAAUAAAAUUGAAUGUCUCCUUCGUGACUGGCAUCAUAGUCCUGAUUUAUUAUUUGCUGUCCAUCCUAUUGAUGGGAGUUACUUGAUUUGGGUAGUUGAUUGGUUGGAUGAAUACCAUCCUGGUUCAUUUAGACAAGCCCAAGUUUCUUUUUCAACUAGAAUACCUAAUGCAUUCCCUCUUGGAGAUGCUACUACAAUGUCACAUAAUGUAUGUUUAUAUCAUACUUCUGGAUCAAGUUUACAGCUAGCAUUUAGAGAUGUAGUUAAAACUGCUGCUGCAGCACCAAGCAGAUCACCUAGUGAUGUUCAUGGUAUAAAUGGUGAUUAUGGUGAUUCAAGUCUUCCUAGAGUAUUAGAGGAAGAUGGUGACUCUUUAGCAGGUGACAUUGAUUUACAUCAUCAGAACGAAUCAGUUGAACCAUCAUCAUUGAAUGAAAAUGGUAAACCUAAUCGAGCCAGUUCAACUACUGGUGAAGAUUCUGGAACAUUUAAUGAUAUAAUAUCUGCUCCACCCUGUCCAACUCUGUCAAUGGUCACUAAACAUACUAAUGGAACCUUAAAUUUAUGGCAAUUAACCUUUGCUGAUAAAUCUAAAUUUUCUCAAGUCCUAAGUAUUGGCCAUGCAUCUCGAGCUUCUGGUCAUCGGUUCCGUGUAAAUGAUGUAACCUGCCAUCCUGUAUUACCAUUAUUGUUAACUACUUCUCAUCACAAUUUGCCUGAUCAAGAAACUCCAGCUUCUCCGUUAUCACCUAAUCCGCCUCCUAUUGCUCAACCGCCAUCAGGAUUUUGUAGUGAACUUAUUUUAUGGAGAGUUGAUGCAGUUGGGCCACUUUCUAAAUCUGGCGGUGUUUCAGAACUUGCUCGUAUAAAUUCACUUCAAAUAUCAGCAUUUUCAAAUGUUGCUUGGAUUCCAACUUUACUACCAAGUACUACAUUGGGUACAUUAUCAAAUUCUCCGAGUGCUUGUUUUGUAGCAUCAGAUGGAGAAUGUUUACGUGUUUAUCAAGCUGUUAUAGAUGCCAGAACAUUAUUGGCUGAAGUGUCCAGUUCAGAACAUAGGAGUCGUAUGGCUGCAGACUCAAUGGUGAGUUUAUCAACUGAUGUUUCUUCAGAAAAUGAUUUGAAACACAACUCAUUACACGAUCGCAUAAAAAUUGUUUCCCAACAAUCUACUGCUAGACCAGGAUGUAUUAUUCAAUUGGACGCUAUAUCUGAUGCAACACAUGAUUGGCAAAAUACUCAAUUUUUACAUGUGUUUCAAGAACAAUUAAUGACUGGAGAAAGAGCAUCUGGUAGAGGUUUAGUAGAUGCUAUUUCAGGUCAAGACAGCGAAGAGCCUGAUGAUGAUUUUGAAGAACCAUUUUAUUUAGUAGUGCUUGAACGGACUGUUCAAGGUACAACUGUACAUAUGUGGCGUUUAAUAAUAGCCUCUCAACCUGAAAAUAAUCCUUUAAGUGAAAGUAUGAUGUAUGUACCUGAUAGUCAAUUGGUACAAGAUGAUGAUGAUAUGGACAAUUCAGGAAAACUAGGUGCCACAAAUUUGGGUGGUGAAGAAACAACUCAACCAACAUUAUCAGCUUUUGCCCCUCAUGUUUCAAUAUCAACCAUAAAGAUCUGUACACAAGAAUUAAAUUUACCCGAUGGUGUUGAUGUAAUUCAUGCAUCUCCAGCUGGAGGACAUUUAAGUUCAGCUUCCAUUUACCCAGCUUGUUUUGCGCCAUAUGUAUUUGUAACUGCAUGUUCAGAUAGUACACUACGAUUUUGGAAAUGUAAAAUUUCAAAAACAGCCGAUGAUGUUAGUUACCAGUGGGUUGAAUGGGAAAUGAUAAGAAAAGAUCGUAAAUCCAUGAUAGAAAUAUCAGGUCAACCAUUAAACAUAAGUGCAGCAUAUAGUGGUCGUAUUGCUUGUGCGUACAAAUAUGGAAAGUCAUUUACUCGACCAUCAAAAAAAGACCCAGAAUCAAGAUAUGUGAAUUUAUGUGUGGCUAUUUAUGAGUGUGAAAGUACUGGUGGUUCAGAAUGGUUACUUGAGGACACAAUACACAUGAAAAAUAUUCACUUGCCCAAACUUCAUAUUGAUCCUAGUGUUGAUUUGACUUAUUUACAUGACCAAACAAUUCUGUCAUCUAAAAAACAUAAGUUACAGUCUACAGUUUUAAAAGCAUUAUCAUCAGAAGACUUGGAUGGAACCACUGGAAGAUGUAAUGGUAGAAAUGGAGAAAAUGAAACUAAUUUAGUUAAAAGUAGUCAUGGUUUAUUAGCUGUUCCUAGUUUUAGUACUCUUCAAUCAUUAAGAAAAUCUAUUAUUGAAAAUGGAAAUACUUGUCCGUUAACUCAAAAACAUAUUGUCCAAUUAGAUUGGGUUUCCAAGGAAGAUGGGUCUCAUAUACUGACUGUUGCUGUUGGUAGCAAGAUAAUGUUAUUUACACCAGUAUCUAGCGAUUUAGCUCAAGCUAAUAUGAAAGCAAUGAAAGAAUCCCAAUCAGUAAACCGUCCAAUAUUAAGAAAAGCUUCAUCACUAGCUUCUCCCAAUUUUGUUGAUGAAAUAAGAUGGAUGAAACUCAGAAAAAUUGAUCUUACUACAGCAGAUGGUUUACCUCCAUUGCCAAUGCAAAUUUCUUGGGUUCGUGAUGGUAUAUUAGUUGUAGGCAUGGACAGUGAAAUGCAUGUGUACUCACAAUGGAAACCAAAUACAUAUAUAAUACAAAAGAAUGCUUUGUUGUGUUGUAAGUUGAUACAUCAAGAAUCUGAUGAGCUUCAAGACACUAGAAAUCUAAGAGAUGAAGAUCUUAGAACAUUGGCGCAUGAAACUUCCCAAAGAAGAUUGGCUAAUGUCAGUUCAAUGCCUCAUUUGUCUCGUGUCAGCUCAAUCAAUUUGAAUAUGUUAACUGCUAGACAAAAAAAAAAGAAAUUGGGUAUUCAGAAUGGUGAUUCUUCUAAUAAUAUUCAAGAUUCGUAUAUGCCAGAUUAUGGAUUAUUUGAAGCAAGUCGUAUUGCAUGUCCAGUUCUUCCUCAAUACCAUCCUAAACAAUUAAUGGAACUGUUGAAUUCUGGAAAAAUCAGAUGGGUGAAAGCGAUUCUUGCACAUCUUGUUAGAUGUAUUUCAACAACAUGUAGUGUAAGACAAGGUGCUGUUGUAUGUUCAUAUUCAGAAGAAGAUAAUUUAACUCGCCAAAGAGGAUGGUCAAGAUCAAGAACAUUAUCUGUGAGCUAUGCUGGAGCUGCUACAAGUCCAAUGGAACCUAGAGGAUCUACUACAGCUAUUCCAGAGGAACUGAUGUUGGAUUAUGCAGAAAUAACCUCUAUUCCACCUUUACCUUUAUGGACAUUAUUAGCUGCGGAUAAAGAAAACGCCAGUACUGCUCUUAAGUUAGCUGAAGAUGAAAAAGAUUAUAACGAAUUAUUUAAUGGAAACAUUUCAACAUCAGAAGACAAUCUAGAUGACAUAUUGAAUGAUGAAUCAGAACCAGAAAGCCCUCGUAGAUGUGAACGUCAAUCUAAUGCAACAGAAAAACAACAAUGUUUACUUUCUCAUUUUGGGCCAAAACAAGGUCAACUUUUGUCUCGUCUGUUAACUCAUACCCAUUUACCUGGCUUAUCGAGUUUAGAUCAAAUGCAUUUAUUAGCUCUUGCUGAUACUGUAUCUACAUGUAACACUGAUUUUGCUGAUAGAUUUGUCGACAAAACUCAGUUUGCUAAAGACAGUUCAGCUCCUCAUGAAGGAGAAGUGUGUUCAGAUUCGUUGGAUGACUGUGGUCUUAGAUUUUUGUUGGCCAUGAAGCAUUAUAAUUAUUUAUUAAGAUGUUUGGGUGUAGCUCAACGUACGCAAUUUCAAAAAAGAGGCAUGUGUUCAGCAGAUAUUGCGUGGGCAUUCCAUUCUGAAAGUGAAGAAGAAUUAUUACAAUUAACACCUUCUUAUGUACGAGGUACUCCACGUUGGUCAGCAUUAAAAGAAUUAGGUGUUGGGUGGUGGCUCAGAAAUCAAACACUAUUAAGAACAUGUAUUGAGAAAAUUGCAAAAGCAGCAUAUCAGACAAAUCAGGAUCCUCUGGAUGCUGCUAUAUUUUAUCUUGCAAUGAAAAAGAAGUCUUUAGUUUGGGGAUUAUUUAGGUCCAAAAGAGAUGAGCGAAUGACUCAAUUUUUUUCCAAUAACUUUGCUGAAGACCGUUGGCGAAAAGCAGCACUUAAAAAUGCAUUUGCAUUACUUGGAAAACAACGAUUUGAACACGCUGCUGCAUUUUUCCUUUUAGCUGGAGCUCUUAGGGAUGCAAUUGAAGUAUGCUUAAAUAAACUAGAUGACUUACAAUUAGCUAUGGUGAUUGCUCGAUUAUAUGAAGGUGAAAUUGAUUCUACUCCACCCAGUCUUAAACGGCUUUUGUAUGAGGAAAUACUUGGUUGUGACCAAAAUGGUGAAAAUCAAAAAUUAUCUAUGGCUAAUCCAGACCCAUUCUUACGUUCUAUGGCUCUUUGGAUACUUAAAGAUUCUACUGGAAGUCUUAAUACUUUAGUCCAAAUGAAUGUAGGUACAAUGCAUCCACAAUAUAAUGAUGAAGAAAAGCAAGAAACUUCAGCUGCAAAUCCAAAUGUGUUCAAUUUCUACGUUUAUCUUCGUACACAUCCAUUAUUGAUAAGACAUUAUUUGGCAUCCACUUAUCAAGAUAAAAAGAAUCAUACUGUAGUAUUAGCUGGUUUUAGCUAUGGUUCUGAUGCCAGGUGUAGGGAAACUUCGGACCGACAAUUGAUGUUAGAAGAUUCCAUUUCUCCAUUAGAAAGACAAUUAUACUUCAAAACUGCACAUGCCCAUUUUAAAGCAGGAUGUCCUGCUCUUGCUCUUGAAGUUUUAUCAAAAUUACCAAGUAAAAUAAUGGAUCCUUCUACGGAACAAUCUAAUAGUUUGGUCAGCACGCCCACCCGAAGUCGUGACAUUCGCAUAGAUACUGGUAUUUUAACACAUUAUGACUUAGAGCAAAAACCUGCAGAAGCUGUCAAUCUUGAUGUUGUUUUAAACCAUACCGUGAGUGCUGAGGAAAUAGAUUGGUCUACACCGGUAGUGAAACCUACAGACGAGCUUGUACUAGAGUGGAGCGAUAAAGAAGACGACGAUAACGAUGAUGAUGAUGAUGAUGAAAUAACAGUGGAAGAACCAAAGAAAAUUGCUAAACAAGAGUCCAUGGAAAGUGAAAAAUCAAAAUCCGAUUCAAAAGCAUGCAAUCUCGAUGUAAUGGCACAGCAGCUAAAAUUUGUUGCUUGUCUAAAAAUACUUAUGGAAGAACUAUCUACUCUGGCUACUGGAUACGAAGUGGACGGUGGAGAGCUAAGAUAUCAUCUUUACUUGUGGCUCGAGAGAGAAGUUGACGCUUUAAGACACUUAUGCAACUAUAGUUCCAAAGAUUCAAUGAUUGUUCAAUAUGAGGGAGGCCUUGAAACAUCAAUUUUAGAUAAUCGGGAAUUUACGUCAACACCUACACUAAAGAAUUCUGUUGACAAACCAACUUUGCAUGAUAUUUUACUUGCUGAGAAAAUCGAUUUUGAAGCAAAGGUUCAAAGAGCAGCUAGAAGAAAAAAAUGGCUCAAAGAAAAUGAAACCCUUUUGAGAACAUUACUAAGCUAUUGUAGUUUGCACGGAGCUGGAGGUGGUGGUUUGGCAUCAGUUAGGAUGGAACUAGUUCUUCUAUUGCAAGAAUUACAACAAGAAAAAACUCAACAACAAUUACUCUCUCCUCUGCCAUUCCCCACUACUUUGCCGUUAUUGUCAGCAAGUGUUGCUUGUAACAAGACUGUGAUAGCCGAUCCCGUUCGAUACCUACAGGCUCAAGCACACGAUAUGUUACAAACGGUCAUUGAUAUUAGAUGUCCCCCAUUAUUGACACGAAUGGAUCUUAGUUAUUUGUUUGUUCUGAGGGAUCUAUCAGUGGCUUUGUCCGCUUGCUUUUAUCAAUCCCUAUGUGAUAGCGACACAAUUGCUGAAAGUUAUCAAUCUGGUGCUGACAAUCCAACAUAUUGUAGUCAUCUCAUUGCAGCUAAAAAUAGAAAACGUCGCUACAGUAUAGAUGAGCCAAUCAAAGUGACCACCCCGCCUUCAAAAUGGCCUGGAGUUUCAAGCCUACGGGCAUUAUUAGCACAUGAUAAAGAUGAGGACGCACCGAAGUUAAAUACUUUGCUAUGUGAAGCUUUUGUUGCUACUUAUAUGGGUUUAUUAGUGUAUGCAUUUGCCACAUGUGAUUGUCACAUAUUGUACCGAUUAGUAGGACAAACAUUUUCUGAAAAUACAUGGAGCACGCUUUUUGGAGGUGGUGUUAAAAAACUUUUAAAAGUUGCACCUACAGCUCCCAAAAGUAGACCUAAUAGCUUAGAACGAGAAAAUAGUGCAAGCAGCGAUAUUGGUGUAUGGACAGCUGUUACGAGCUUAACUAAACAAAAAGUACGAUUAAAUAUGAAACUCCUUGGUCAAUUUGUUGGUUCUCCUGGUACACCUACUAUAAAAGAAGAUAAACCAACUUACAGAGAACAUUUUGUACCUCCUGAAAUGUCUAUGAUAUCAUAUUUUUUGAACAAACCUAAUUUGGCAACCGAAGUACAAGAUGUAGAUUAUGAUUCAGCUGACAGUGCUGUUUCUGAUUUAUCAGAAGAUGAAGAUGAAGAAUGUGACAUUUUUGACAAUACACAAGAUAACAAAAGUAAAACUGAUAAAACUGAAAACACUGAACACUCAAAUCCAUACAGUUAUGCUUGGAUGGUAAUGCGACUAGCCAUAAUGCAGUUAGUCCAGGAGCAGUUGCAUGCAUUCCUUACUGUUGCAGCCAUUGAUCUCCAAGAACUACCAGUCAGCAGUCCAUUGAUUCAUGGCACUCUCAGAGCAGUUAGCCAAUGGCAAGAGAUUUUAAAGGAAGAAUUAGAAUCCAAAGGACCUCCGCCUGUUGAUUACAUACCUGGUUGUUUUGUAGAACAAGCUACCACAGGCCCACCAAUUAAUAAAUAUAGAACGCUUUUGGACAAAUCAAAUACUCCAUUCCACCCUCGCCAUGGGUCUGCAGCUCCAGCUAGACGAUUAUGGAACUUUUUAGUUCGUCAAGAAUUUGUUCAAGAUCUUUUCAUUCGUAGUAUAUUCAGUCGUCAACCACGUGCAGCUGGAAGUUCUACUCUACCAACUAUGAAUCAAGAAGUUAAAUCAUCUUCUGGAAGUGAUACGCCCAAUCCACAUUUGCCCGAUCCUGUGAGAAUUAUUCAUAAAGAACAAGAUUCAAUAUCUGCUUUUUGCCUUAAUUUAGCAAACAGUAGUCUCCUUGCACUGGCAACUCCUCGAGAGAUACAAGAAAUGGACAUAUCAUUAUUACUUGAAUCACCUUCUUGGCUAGAAGAUGAAUGUGAAUUUGACCUUGUUAAUCUCUCUAGAGAUCAUGAGCAUCAACCAUCUAGUUUCCUGGUAAUUCAAACUUCUAUUGAUCGUCCUCUUCAAACAUCACCUGGUACCAUUAUUGUUAAUCCACUGCCUACGAGUCCUAGUGUAACUGGAUUAGCUAGCCAGACUGGACGAGGAGCAUCUGUGGUACAACAAAAGAGCAUACAAAGUUACAGCGACGGAGGGACGAGAGCAAUAAAAAGCUCAAAAAAUAUUAUGUCGAUGAAGGGACUGAAUUUCCCCGGUUGUCACGACCCACGUUUCUGUCAGUUUGUCUGUGACCGCAGUCGACUCCUGCUCAGACCGGUAAUGAAACACCGCGUGGACAACAUUCGGAGGAUAUGCCCACAUCCUUUGUUACCUGUGUAUUUGACGGGUUCACAAGACGGUUCGGUGCAUAUUUGGGAAUGGGGUCACCAACAAACAGUGGCCGAACCUCGAGCAGCCGGUACGUUUGCUAAAGUCACGAGGGUGCGGUUUUCGCAACACGGCAACAAGUUCGGUGUAGCCGAUGGCGACGGAAAUUUAUCUCUGUUCAACGUCGGUCUCACGUCAUCCAACUACAGACCAUUUUAUACAUUCCAAUGCCAUAAUAAAGUUACCAGUGACUUUGUGUUCCUCGGCUCGUGCAGUCUCAUCGCUACAACCGGCCAUUCGUCUGAAAACAGAAACGUUGCAUUGUGGGACACACUGUUACCGCACAAAAAGUCACUAGUUACGGCAUUCGUGUGCCACGAGCAAGGAUCAACGUGUAUCGGAUUCGCUCCACAGCAUCAAGUGAUAGUCACCGGAGGACGAAAAGGUGACAUAUGCAUAUUCGACGUCCGCGGCGGUAGUGGUUCGAUAAAACACCGCUACUUAGGUCAUGAUUCGUGUCUCAAAUGUAUGACCAUCGACCCGCACGAACAAUUUUAUUGCACCGGAGCAGCAGACGGAGACAUCAAAAUUUGGAAUUUAUCCACGCAUCAAUUGAUGUACACAUUCCCUGCCGAACACGCUCGUUCGAGUUUCUUCAAGCAUAUCGGUCAAGGCGUCACGCAGCUACAAGUGGACUCGUCGGCGAGACUGUUCUCGUGUGGAGCUGACGGCUCAAUGAAAGUCAGACAGCUGCCGGACAGGUAUCAUUGAUGGUAUUCGAUUUGAAUGAUUAGAUUUAUUGCAACCAUAACUGUUAUUCAAAUGUUGAAAUCUAAAUGAUUUACUAUAAAAAAAUAAUAGUUAAAAAAACAUGUAAUCACACAUACCACAGAACUAGUCAAAAUAAUACAAUUCUGAAAGGUAAUAUUGCUUAUAAAAACAAUAUUCUGUUGUUAUAUUUGUGUUUAAAUUAUAAACUUUUGUGCAUUAACGAAAUUCGUUCGAAGUUAUUUUUAGUUCUUAUUUUAACUAGUAAAAAUAUUAGGAAAUAUAUUUUUAAAAAACACCAUAUUAUUAUUAAAUUAUUUAGAGAAAUUGUUAAUCGUAACUUUAAAAUGUGCAAUAAUAAUGUAUUCAUUUUUUUGUUACACAUUUGG